AUGGACGAGAUGAGGCACUGCCCGAUGCCGGGCGCCAUGCCCGCCAAGCGGAAGAAGGACAGGAUGCGGCGGCAACCGUUCGAGAUCUACGCGCACAAGAUGGUUAAGAUGAUGUUCUCGAACCGGAGCAUCACUCGGAAAGGGGCGCUGGUGAUGAGCAGCUUCAUCCACGACUUCUUCGAGCGGCUGGCCACCGAGGCCGGGCACCUGGUGCGGAUCAACCACAUGCAGACGAUGAGCCAUCGCCACGUCCUCGACGCCCUCAAGUUGGUCGUCCGUGGCUCCCUCGCCGAACACGCUAUCGCGGAGGCGCACCUCGCGCUUGGCAAGUUCGGGCCGGCGACCGGUCGGGCCGCAUGCAAGCCCCCGACUCCGCCGCCGAAGGAUGAUGAUUGUUGA